UCUAUAAAUAGUAAGUUUUGAGCUCAUGUGCACAGAACGAAGGCAGGAUACUAAGAUAUGAAGAUCAAACCAACAUUUGGAAUUACUCUCUUUUUGCUUCUUUUGUUUUUCAACGGCAUAGAGUCAAGGUAUGAACCCGGAGGACAAUGGAAAAAUGUGAUUGAAGAUGACUCAUUACCAGUUGUAUCACAAGAAAAAGAAGAUUGCUUUAAAUACAAAAGCCUUAAAAAUGAAAAUACUUUUUUCAACGAUACAAAACCACGACCAAGUAUCACAUUCUACCCAAAUGAUGGAAGCAAGGACAAGCUUUUUAUUAAAGAUAUUGAGCCACGACCAAGUGCCACAUUCUACCCAAAUGAUGAGAGCAAGGACAAACUUUUUACUAAAGAUAUUGAGCCACGACCAAGUCUCACAUUCUACCCAAAUGAUGAUACCAAGGACAAACUUUUUACUAAAGAUAUUGAGCCACGACCAAGUCUCACAUUCUACCCAAAUGAUGAUACCAAGAACAAGCUUUUUACUAAAGAUAUUGAGCCACGACCAAGUCUCACAUUCUACCCAAAUGAUGAUACCAAGAACAAGCUUUUUACUAAAGAUAUUGAGCCACGACCAAGUCUCACAUUCUACCCAAAUGAUGAUACCAAGAACAAGCUUUUUACUAAAGAUAUUGAACCACGACCAAGUACCACAUUCUACCCAAAUGAUGAGAGCAAGGACAAGGUUUUUAUUAAAGAUAUUGAGCCACGACCAAGUCUCACAUUCUACCCCAGUAAUGAAAACAAGGAUAAACUUUUUACUAAAAAUAUUGAAGUGCCCUCUAUCAUAGCUAAAAACAACAUUUUUAGGAAAGAUAUGUGAUCUUUUGUUAUAUGACCAACUGGUAUGUGUUGUUUGUAAUUUCUAUUUCUGUUGAAUAUUGUGGGGUGUGUGACUUGUAAAAUAAAUAAAUAAAUUGUGGAAAAGAGUGGUUAUGUCUGAUGAGAUGAUUUGCUUCAACUUUCUUUAUACCAA